AUGUUGACCAAGAGCCUCUUCACCACUUCGGUCCUCGCGGCUUUCGCUGCUGCCGCCCCUGCGCCCCAGGACGGCUACAGCGCUGCUAAGCCGACUGAAGAUGUCCCAGGCUACACCAACGCGGAUGCCAGCUUCUCCGUUACCUUCACGCCAGAUGCCACACCCGCUACGUCCUUCGGCUCUGCCUCCCAGGUCGCUGCUAUUCCCACCGCACCUGGCUCAGCUCCUCCCCGCAGGAGCUCAGAUGUCACUGGCGCCACCAGCCAUGGCCCAUACGAUGGCACUCCCACCACUACCGGAGCUGCUAAGGCGCCUACCACCAUUGGCACUGCCAUCGCUCCUCUAGGCCCGGCCCCCACGGCUACCUACUACAACACCAACGGCAAACCCCAGGACCCCAUGCCCAUCCCCUACAUGCCAGCUGGUGGUCUCGGUACCAACGGCACCGAGCCUCGCUACAUGGUGAACAGCGACUUCGACUACGAGUCCAUCACCCUCGGUCUUUACCAGGAAUGGAUUGAGCUCGACCUGUUCAACAACGGUCUCGCCGUCUUCUCCGCACAGGACUUCCUCGACGCUGGCCUCACUGCUGAGGACCGCGCCUACAUUGCCUUCAUGGCCCAGCAAGAGAGUGGCCACGCUACCCUCCUCAGCAACAUGCUCGGCGAGACUGCUCCUCCCCAGUGCACCUACAACUACCCCUACCGCACCGUUCGCGAGUUCAUCGACUUCAACAUGAAGCUCACCCGCUUCGGCGAGUCUGGUGUCUGGGGUUUCCUCGCCCACAUGGACGCCCGCGAGGUCGCCAACCUCCUCUCCCAGUCCAUUGCCACUGAGGCGCGCCAGCAAAUGUCUUUCCGUCAGAUGCUCGGCCUUGCCCCCAUGCCCGUCUACUUCGAGACUGGCAUCCCCCAGUCCUGGGCCUGGACCUACCUCGCUCCUUACAUCAGCUCGUGCCCCGAGAACACCACCCGUCUCGCAUGGCAAAACUUCCCGGCUCUGUUCAUCGACAACCAGCCUAACCCCAACCGCUUCUCGCCCAACGACACCAAGCCCCACGAGGUAGCUGGUGACCGCGUCGCCGACCCCGCUGACUCCACCAUUGACCCCGACGAGUCCUGCGUCAACGUCAACGGCACCGAGCACCCUGGCUACUCUUGCGGCCCCGCCGUCGCACGCAACCGCACUCAGCCUCUCUCCUUCCCCGGCAAGCUUGUCAACCUCACCUGGGAGAACCCCGGUCAGGCUGUUGGCCCCAACAACUCUUACAUUACCGACACCUCUGCCGGCGCCCCUGCCUACGUUGCUUGGGUCUCGCAGUUGAACCUGACCUACACUCCUCUUGAGAUCACUGGCGAGAACACUGGAUUCACCUACCAGCCCGCCGGCGAGGUCUACCAGGGCGAGCCAGCUGUCAACGACACCAUGUUCGUUGCUCUGACUGAUGCCAACCCCUUCCUUACUCCCUUCAACUUGAGCAUGAUCAACCCCCACGUUGUUGCUCUUGGUCUGUACCAGGCCGGCUAA